AUGAUUGGUUAUUGGGAGUACGAAAAGAAAAUAUUUGAUUUUUUCUUCUUGGAUUUUGGUAUUUCAAUUGCCAAAAUAAAUAUAAAUAGUGAAGAUGGUAGCAAUGAUCUGUCUGAUAACCUAUUCUUCAACACACUUAUUCUGAAUCCUGAGAAAAAUAUUUCCAGUAUCGUGAGAAAUGAUAUAAGCCUGAUAGUACAGGUAUUUGAUCAAUUCAAUGGAAAAGCAAAAGAAGCACUAUUUCAGCGAAGAGUCGGAGCUAGCUCAAAAAAAAGAAAAAAGAAAAACUUUUACUGA